AUGUUGGCUCAUUCGUUGAUUCUCCUCCUUACACUCCUCCCUGCUGCAGCUAGUUCCCAGGGCUCUCUGGGAGGUGCAACGGCAUCUUCAACACCCGGAGCAUGCAGCGCAGGGGGCGACGGGAGCAGCAGCUGCCCUGUCGCUGCCCGAGAUGAAGAACAUCGCAGGACCCUGAGAGAUAUCGAGGCGUAUGUGGCUUUGCUAGAGGGAAGACUGGAGGAGAGACUGGCGAAACACGAGCAACGGCAAUGGGAGCAGCAACGCAAUCUGUUUGUCCUGUUGGCCGUUAGCAUUUGUCUUGCGGUGGUAUUUAUCGUGGCUCUUGCUGCAUGCAAGGUGUACGUCCAGUCGCUGCAGAACCAAAUACAAUCCAGCUUACAAGCGGAGGAACUGCGAGGGCUACAGGAUAGUCCUGUCGCAGGACGGCAGACGCCGUGUGGAGGUGGGGUUCCGCAGAAGCAACCGCUGCCUCGCGAACAGUCAAAGCUAUCUUCAGUUGCAGUGGAAGAGCGCCAUCAGGAGGAUCGCUGGUGCAACAACUGGCGCAGCGAGGAGACCCAUCCGACGGCUGCCAACGAGCUGGCCUUCGAUGACGACUUGGGCGACGAUCCCGGUCUCUGUCUGUACCCGUCUGGGGAGGAUGUUGGUGAGUUACCUAGCUUCAUCAUCACGCUUCAAAGUUGUGGAUGGAGUAAGCGCUCCAGCAGCAUCAGCAGCAUAGGUUGCCGCAGCGUCAUUGAUUCCAGGCGUUUAUGUGAGGCAGUGUACAGUAAGUGUGCGGUGUGUGCAGCUGCAGCAGAAAAAGCGAGGACCGUCGAGGAAGUACGGGCAGCAACAGGGUUGUCGCCUGAGUUGCAGCAGCAGCAAGAACAGCUGGAGGCCCGCUGUUCCCGCCUUUUUGAGAGGCUGCACGAAAUAACAGACGCCAGCAGGGCUUUUUGCAGCAGCAGCAGCGACUCGGAGGAAGAAUUAGCAACAGACCCUGCGGGGGUCGAUGAAGUGCAGGGGGAGAAAGCAGCAGCAGAUGCACCACCAGAAGAUAGUGUAACUCUGCACAAAGCAGGGAAGCCACAGAAUGGGCGACAACGGAAGAAACGGCGGAAUGCGGCUGACCCCUCGCGCCUAGAGGAGCAGCGGGAGCUGCUGCAGCAGCUGCAGCAGCUUUUCCAUGAGAUUGAUGCGACAUUCGUUAGGAACAAGCCGGCCCAUGUUUCUGUCAUGAUUCGCUGCUGUAAUGCACUUCUCCGGGCUGACGGUCUCGCAGUCCUCAAGGCUUGCGCAGACUGCGAGCCGCUACACAAGGAAGCACAGAGCAUCAUUGAAAUUGUUGUGCCUUGCAUUUGGGCUACCUAG